AAACCCCCAAAAAAUUCACAGCACCGCCCGACUUUUCUUCCCCAGACCGUCUCGUCCAAACAAUGAGGUCAGGACUGUUCAGUCGCCGGUCGAUAAGGCCAGCAUCGGUGCUAUCCGUCGGAUCGGCGAAGAUCAAGUUGCUACUGGCUUGCUGUGCUCUGUUCACGGUGAUCGCGCUUUCGGGGAGGACGGCGUCGUGGAGCCAGUAUACGGUGUCGUCUUCCCGAUCUCAUCUUCCACGGACUGGGUACACCUUAUUGAUUAAUACUUGGAAGCGAAAUGAUCUUCUGAAGCAAUCUAUAUCCCAUUAUGCAUCAUGUCCUGGACUUGAUUCUGUACACAUUGUCUGGAGUGAACCUGACCAUCCUCAAGAAUCUCUUGUUAGCCUUUUAAACCAGGUUUUGAAAUCAAAUGCCAAAGAUGGCCGAGAAAUUGAGUUGAAAUUUGAUAUUAACAAGGAAGACAGUUUGAACAACAGAUUUAAAGAAAUCAAGGAUUUGAAGACUGAUGUGGUCUUCUCUAUAGAUGAUGACAUUAUAUUCCCAUGUGCUACGGUAGAGUUUGCCUUCAAUGUCUGGCAGAGUGCGCCGGAUACAAUGGUGGGAUUUGUGCCUCGUAUCCAUCAGGUUGAUCCAUCGAAAGGGGAACUGAACAAGUACAUCUACAGCGGAUGGUGGUCGGUUUGGUGGACAGGAACAUACAGUAUGAUUCUCUCUAAAGCCGCCUUCUUUCAUAAGAAGUAUCUAAGAAUAUAUACUCAUGAGAUGCCAUCUUCUAUUCGAGAAUAUGUCACCAGGAACAGGAACUGUGAAGACAUCGCAAUGUCUUUCCUUGUCGCAAAUGCAACCGGCGUUCCUCCAAUUUGGGUGAAAGGUAGUAUUUUUGAGAUUGGUUCGACCGGAAUCAGCAGCCUCGGAGGCCACAAUGACAGAAGGACACAGUGCAUCAACAGAUUCGCAGCACAAUACAAUCGCAUGCCACUGGUGCCCACAUCAGUCAAGGCUGUCGACAGCCGGCAUACUUGGCUAUGGUAAUCUCCAAUGCUAUCAACUCUCUUAUUUAUUUUCUUCCCACGGAACCUCAUGCUACAAUUCUUACUAUUUUAUUUUUUACCACUGUCUAAAUAUUUUACUUCGAUAGACUAAACUCGGGUAGUUAGUUUUAACUUUAAGGUGUGGCAGAUGUAGAAUUCCCAUGUAAUGUACCUAUAUUAGGUUUUUAGUGAGGGUUGCGAAAGGGGCUGCCCGGGUUUUUUGUUCAAGUUUGUUUGGAUAUGUAGACAGCUAGCACUGUAUGAGAUACAGCGGUAAUAGAACUAUUCACCGUUUGAUUAAUUGACCUAAUUUUUCCCUGUGCUUCACCAUUUAA